AUGAAUCAAAUGCUAGAGCUCCUCGAGGGGCUAAGAUUCCUGACAGUCCUCCUCAGGCACCAGGAGAAGUUCAAAGAGCUGUGCCUUGAAAUGAAGAAUCUUAUUGGAGUUGUGGCCUGUGAUGCAGCAGUUGUAAUUUUCUCUCUUUCCGUGAAUCAAAUCCAAAAAGGCUUGGCCAAGGAAACUGAUCUUGCUCUUUUUCAUUUGCUUAAAGUGCUCAAGUUUAUUAGGGCAGAAGUUACCGAUCCAGUAACGUCAGUAUCAGGAUUUGGUUUUCCUAGGACCAAUGAGUUGGGCUCUAUGGAUUUUCUCCUUGAAAAUCUGAAGGAACUAGAAAGUUGUAAUGAGGCUGAUGAUUCAAUUGCAUUCCCGAAAGAUCAAAUCCGCACAGUCCUAGAAGAUCUCGUAUUCUUAAGAUCUUUCCUUGUCAAGAUAGCAGACCAGCGCAACGGGAAUGGAAAACUCCAAGCUCUUUGGAGUCGGAUUAUGGAGGUUGCACACUGGGCAGAGUUUGUCAUUGACUCUAUCGUGGUUGGUGAUAAACAUGAAUAUUUGGGAAGAGUUGCCAGAGAUAUCCAGCUUUUGAGGACUGAGGCCCGUGAAACCUAUCAUAGCACGAGGCAUGACUGCGGAGCUCAGAGAACUAACCAGAAAUCUUUCCGCAUUGAGUCAAAACGUAGCAUCCCAGUGUUGAAUGAAGUUCUGGUGGGUCUUGAUGAUGAGAUAAAGACAAUUAUUCACAGUCUUACCAGGGGUUCAAAGCUGUUGGAUUUUGUUUCAAUUGUGGGUAUGGCUGGACUUGUUCAGCUUUUAUGCAGUAUUUCUUCUAGAAGUCCUGAUGAAUAUCUUGAGAUGGAUGAAAGUGAUUUGGCUCCCAAGCUGUUCAAGCUUUUAAAGAGAAAUAGGUAUCUCAUUUUUUUGGAUGAUGUGUGGGAGAUCAAGGCAUGGAAUUUGGUCAAAAGUUCAUUACCCGAUGAUGCCAAUGGAAGUAGGAUUCUCUUCACCAGCAGAAUUCAAUUGCAAUUCAAACCUGAUAGCAUGGCUCACCAUCUCCGCCACCUUACUGACGAAGAGAGUUGUAAAUUGCUGCAGAAAAAGGUAUUUAGAAAAGAAGGUUUUCCUCCGACACUAGGUAAAGUUGGAUCUCAAAUAGCAAAAUUAUGUAGGGGCUUACCUCUCACAGUUGUCCUCGCUGCUGGAAUUCUUGCUAAUACUGCAGAAGACUGCUGGGAAGAAGUUGCAAAGAGUCUAACUUCCAGUAUUGUCCUUAAUGAUGAAUACUGCAUGAUGACGCUUGAGCUGAGUUACAAUCAUUUAUCGGAUGAUUUGAAACCAUGCCUUCUUUACUUCAGUGCAUUUCAAGAAGACGAAAACGUUCCUGUCCGAAGGUUGUUUUGGCUCUGGAUCUCUGAAGGAUUUGUGCGAAAGACUGAAAGAAUGAGAUUUGAGGAUGUGGCAGAUGACUAUUUGAAGGAUCUGGUUGAUAGAAGUUUAGUUAUGGUUUCUGAACAAAGAAGUAUGGGUGGCGCUAAAGCCUGCCGACUACAUGAUUUAGUACAUGAGUUUUGUGUGAAAAAAGCCAAAGAAGAAAACUUUCUACAUGUUUUGCAUAGUCGGAAUGAUCAUACUGGCCCAAGCAACCCCCUCAGAGUUUGUGAUCGAAAUGCCAGGAAUUUGAUGAUUUGGGAGUCACUGCUAGAAUUUCCCUAUGUACGCAGUUUAUUAUUGUUUAAUGAGGAUGAUUUGGGGUUUUGGUUACCUAAACUUCUUAGAGUGUUGGAUUUGGGGGAAUUGGUGUUUCAUGCAUAUUUGCCUAUGGAAGUAUUUUUGCUUGCUCACUUGAGAUACUUAGCUCUUCGUACUAGAGGAGUAAAAUUCAUCCCAGCUGCAAUAGCUAACCUCUCAAGGUUACAAACUUUUCUGCUACGAGGAAACGGCAUUCAUUGUUUGUUACCCAAGGCUAUCUGGAACAUUAAGACAUUGAGACAUCUAUGGACUACAUAUCCCUAUGCUGGUUUCAUUUUUCCUGUUGAAAAUCUUGAAGAAUGCCCAGGUUUAGAUCGUUUAGACAGUUUAAGCCUUGCCAUUGAUCCCUCCUCUCAAAGCUUGCAAAAGAUACUGACAAAGUUACCAAACAUCUGCAGGCUAAGAUGUACGAAGACGGCAUCAAGAGAAAAAUGUACUGGAGAUGGGAUUCUCGUGUUUGACUGCUUGAGUCGACUAGAAUCACUUACUCUGCGUUGCUUUGAGUCGACUAGAUUUAAAUUCCCGUUGAAUUUGAAGAAGCUGACUCUAAAACAAAAUGAGCAGCCAUGGAGUGAAAUCUCAACAAUUGGAAAGUUGCCCAAACUUGAAGUGCUUAAAUUAGUCGAUGACCCCUUCUUUGGGAAAGAAUGGGAAAUGAAAGAAGGGGAGUUCCCUAAGCUCCGAGUCUUGAAAUUGUCAAACUUGCGGGACUUUCGCAGCUGGACUGCAUCUUCUGAUAAUUUUCCCCGUCUUGAGAAAUUGAUUGUGCACAAUUGUUGGAUGAUGGAAGAGGUGCCUUCUUGUUUAGGGGAAUGUCCGACUCUUGAAAUGAUUGAGGUGAGAGGGUGUCUUGAGUCUGUUGCAAGUUCAGUGAAGCAAAUUCAACAAGAACAGAUAGAUAUGGGAAAUGAGGUACUUGGUGAGAAAAGCAUAGAGUUGCAACUCCUUCCUGCUCAGUUGAGGUAA